CUUCAAGCCCAUGAUAUUCUGGGCCUGGAUGUCAAGAUCCUCGAAGCGGGCAAGGGUCUCGGUGGAGUGUGGAAUAACGAUAUCUACCCCGGGGCCCGUGUUGAUUCAGGAGCUCCGAUUUAUGGGUUUUCCUUAGCCAAGGUCUAUCAGACGUGGAAGUGGAGCCCACCCUAUCCAGACCAGAAGGAGCUGCAGGCGUAUUUCCAUCAUGUCGAUCAAGUUCUCUCUGUCAAGAAAGACUGCAUAUUCAGUUCGCGCACCGAGGAUGGAAAGCUUGUUCGGGCUAAGUACUUCAUUCCCGCCAUUGACUUUGCCGAGCAACAAUGGGUCCCGCCUUGGAAGGGCCUUGCUUGCUUUCGGGGCACGGUCCAUCAUUCUUCUCAAUGGCCCCGAGAGGGAGUCAAUGUGAAGGGAAAGCGUGUGGCGGUGAUUGGAACUGGUGCAACGGGGAUCCAGAUCAUCCAGGAAUGGGCGAAAGAGGCCGCCGAGCUGGAUGAAACCCCAGAGGCAUUUGCUCGCGCAUGGGAAACUCAAUCUGGAAUGCGCCUUCCAUUCCCCACGAAGGCAUUUGCGGACUAUGAACCGGAAGAGGCAGAGACAAUUCUCAACCGGAUUUAUGACCAAGGCGGCUUUGGCCUCUGGGCGGGAGCAUUCACUGAUACCCUGAUGAAUCCCGAAGCCAACCGGGCCACCUACGACGCCUGGGCUAGACGAGUUCGCGCGCGGGUCCACGAUCCAGUCAAACGUGACUUGUUGGCGCCUCUGGAACCACCACAUCCCUUCGGCACGAAGCGUCCCUCCUUGGAACAUCAUUAUUAUGAGCUGUUCAAUGAACCUCAUGUUCAUCUCGUUGACACCAAGUCACAUCCGAUCACGGAGAUCACGCCCGAGGGGAUUGUGACCGAUGACGGCAAAAAAAUACGAGAUUGA